AGAGACAUUUCAUCGAACAGGUAUAAGGCAGCGCAGAGCCGUACGUGUUGUCUUCUCCUUCCUCGCAAGCCAUGCACAGACACAUCAGCCGCCCAUCAUAAACCCCUCCGCCGCCAAGGCUGCGCCAAAAAUGCACGGCCUCAGCUCCUCUCUCCGCUUCCUCUCUUCCAAUUCACCCAGAUUCCUCUCCACACAGACUAGUCUCCGCUCCGCAGGCCCCAUGGCGUGUCUUCUCAAAACCCGUUCCGUAAUCCGCUUCAGGGGACCCGAAACCAUCAAGUUCCUCCAAGGUCUACUCACAAACGACGUGCGGAGUUUGGACCAUCCGGAAAGUGUGCCGGAGAACGCUGUUACUCCUAACAUGCCGGCGGUUGCGGCGCCGCCGGUCUACGCCGCGAUGUUGACUCCGCAAGGGAGGUUUCUCUAUGAUUUUUUCCUGUAUAGACCGCCCCGUUCCGAAGAGAAGCUCGAUCGCACCGGGUCGGGGCCAGGACCCGACUCCGGUGAGCUGGAGAUCUACGCGGAUGUGGAUGGAUCUGUCAUCGACGAGGUCUUGGCUGCAUUGAAAAAAUAUCGCUUGAGGUCUAAGGUCGAUAUCGAGAAUGUCAGAGAGGAUUUUUCUUGCUGGCAACGGUUUGGUCGGGGCCUUGAAGGGAAGUCUUCAUUUCAGGAGGAACCAGAAGCUGAUUCUGUUGGCUGGGGUGGUACGGUUGAUCAGUCUGGUGUAUCAGCUUCACGAGGAAAUAAUGUUGGUUGGAAUUGGAACAAGGAUCCACGACUAACUUGUCUAGGAUAUAGGGGCAUCUUUCCAUCUAAUGCAACACCACCUCUAGUUGAGGAGGACAAGGAAACGGAUGAAGGAAACUUUCAUCUUUGGAGAUUAGAGAAGGGAGUUGCAGAAGGCUCUACUGAGAUUCCAAAAGGUGAGGCAAUACCACUCGAGUACAAUCUUGUUGGUCUAAAUGCUAUAAGCUUUGACAAAGGAUGUUAUGUUGGCCAAGAACUUAUUGCUCGUACUCACCACCGUGGAGUAAUCCGGAAGCGUCUGAUUCCUGUGCGAUUCUUGAGUAGUAAUGGAAAAGAGGUGGAGCAACAAGUAUCUCCAGGUUCAGAACUGAUAGAUAAUGCCUCUAAAAAGAAAGCCGGGACAGUCACAACUGCACUUGGGUCUCGCGGUUUGGCACUUAUACGUGUUGAGGAAGCUUUCAAGGAAACAGGUGCAUUAACCGUCAAUGGCCAGGAAGAUAUCAAAGUCGAGACCAUUAGGCCAAAAUGGUGGCCAUCGGAGUGGUUUCUUCAUCAGCAACAGCAGACUGCAGCUGCAUAGGGGGUUUGUAUGCAACUUCAUAGCUAUGGAAAUAAUUGUGUCCCUUUUUGCUAGUCAUCUAAGGAACAUAUUAUAUAUGAGAUGCUCAAUCACUUGAAUAUAUGUUAAUGUAACAAAAGUUGUAUGCC